AUGAGCCCCAUCGACCUCGCCGCCCUCAACCCCGCCCCCGCCGCGACAGCCUACGUCCUCGUCCCAGGCCAAGGCAUCCCCGGCCUAACUCCCCCUCCCGACCCUGCCCUCGUAGCAGCCCUCAACGCCACCCUCCCAGCCCUGCUCGACGAAGCGGCGCAACGCAACUCCGCCUGGUCCGAUUGGGGCAUCUUCUUCACGAUCCUAGGCGUGCUCGCCUUCUUCGCCCUCAUCUGCUCCGGCCUCGCCUUGACCUACACCACCUAUGUCGGUGAAGUCCAGGCUCUGCAGUACCACUUCGACCGGCUGCAUCGCCGCCUCGAUGCCGAUAUUGAGCGCUGCGCCGGACAGACCGCAGCCGUGCCCGAGCGCGAGAACGCAGGGUCGACCCCCACCUCCGAGGCUCAGUACGAGCCUGUCAAAGUGCCCGAGAACCCACCCGUCGAUGCUGCUAGAGAAUCUUCGAAGGAGGCGAAGAAGGAGGUCAGAUUCAAGGAGGAGAGUGACAGCUCGGACGGCUCGGAUGGUUCGGACGGUUCAGAAAGCUCAGAGGAUGAGAACGACCCGCUCCUUGGCAAGGCGCAGUAG